AUGUUCACUUUACAAAUGCCCCGUUCCGGUACCAAGAUGAUUUUCGCUUUUAUAUUGUCAAGCCUUCUUACGAUCCAAGCUGGUGUGCUUGUAGAUGAAGCUAACUGCAAUGGAAUUAAAAUAAACGGGCAGUACUACGAUGAAGAAAUCCUCAAGCGAGACCUCGAUAGACCGUAUUCAUUAGCUGUAGAUUACAGCCCCAACAUCUUAUACUUUAGUUAUAACAUUAAAGGAACUAGCGACGAUGAAUUUAGAUCUGCAAGACUUAACUUGAUCACGAAAGAAUUCAGCAACAUUGAAGGUGUCAAUAACGGGUUUGCCCAAACUGUUGAUCAGAAAACACACGAGGUAUACAUCGGUGGAAGCGAUGGUAUUUACAAAUACGACUACGCUACUAACAACGCAGAACUGUAUGCACAGAAAGGUAGCAACAUAUGGCAUUUAUACUUUAAUCAAUCUCUCUACUUUUCGAUCUUUCCUACGCAAGUCUUAUAUGUAUUAAGAGAUGGCAACCCAUCAAGAUUUGAAUAUUUGGAAGAUACGAAAGUAGAUCAUUUCGUUAUAGACAAUGAGAAUGAUAUUUUCUUUACAAAUGCUACUGGUCUAUACUCUGUGAAGGCUGAAUCGAAAAAUGCUACUUUGUACGCAGAAAAUCCUGUAGUAAGAAGUUUGACGACUGAUAAAAAUGGUAACGUUUAUGUAUGCCUCCAAGACGGAAUAUAUGCAGUGAGAAAACCGACUCUAUCCUUAGAGAAGAUUUAUUCAAUAGAUGACGGCUUUGGAUUGGCUUUUGAUAACGAAAAUAAUAUGGUGUAUGCUGACGCUACUAAACUUGUUAGGCUUAAAUUAAAUUUGAAAAAUAAAUGUAAUUCAUAG